AUUGAGAUGUGCGCCUCGUCUUGUGCUAUUGAUGUAUAGAGAAGUUGAGUGAAGCAAUGACAAUUAAAGAUCAAUUUCUUCAUUGAGACCUCAUUAUAUAGUCUGUAGCACACAGAAACAGAAGAGCAACUUGGGGAGAGAGAGACAGAGAGAGUGUGGAAGAGAUGGAGACGACAACUUAUACAAGUGAAGGAGAGGUAGGAGAAGGGAGUAAGCAGCAGGAGAAGGCAAUGGUGGAGGUGGAGAAGAAGCAGAUGAAGGUGACGGUGGCAAUCGACGAGAGUGACGAGAGCUUCCAUGCUCUCAAGUGGGUUCUCGAUCACCUCUUUUUCUUCUUGCCUUCUUCUUCUUCUUCUUCUUCUUCUUCUUCUUCUUCUUCUUCUUCUUCUGGUGCAGGUGUAGCCGCUGAGUCUGAGCUGAUCCAGUAUCAAGAACGUGGCACUGUUAUCCUCGUACACGUUCAGCAGCCUUUCCACUACUAUAUCUUCCCCGCCGGUCCGGCAGUUAUUAAGACAACACCUUUAGUGUUGGAUUCAGUAAGGAAGGCCCAAGAAGAGAACUCCGCAGUAUUAAUGACCCGUGCAUUAAAAUUAUGCAAGGAGAGGCAGGUAAGAGCUGAAGCUAUGAUUCUUGAUGGAGAACCCAAGGAAAUGAUUUGUGAGACUGUAGAGCAUAUUGAUCCUACUCUCUUAGUGGUUGGCAGCCGAGGCCGUAGCAAGACCAAGAGGGCAUUUCUAGGAAGUGUUAGUGACUAUUGUGCACAUCAUGCUAAAUGCCCUAUUCUGAUUGUGAAGCCCAAAAAGUGAAGAAUCUAGUAACAAUAAGGUUAAGCUUGUGAUGCUUUGGAGGAAAGUAGCAAUCUAUCCUAUUAACAGUGGUAACUGGGCUUUUAAUUAGCUUGAGAAUAAGCAAGAGAUUUCUCCCUGACAUUAUUGUAAUAAGAAUACUCACUGUACUGCUUGAUAUUAUGUAUAGGAGAAGUAUUGUAACCACCA